UCUUUUUCCCCUUGUACUGGACGGCAUCCUUAUCGGUCUCCUGGUCGGCUCAGCAAGCAAGCCCAGACUCUGUGCCACGCGCAAACCACUUGGUAGUCUGUACGCAUUGAGUAGGUCAGCGACGCACCACACAACGUUCAUUGUCCUACCCUGGACCAGAUAACGCUUCCCCGUGGCCGAUACACCUUUUUCAGCAGAUUUUGAGCUCGACGCCUUCUCCCGAUCUGGCGAGGUCCUCAGCCUGGACGAUGAAUACCCCUCCGAGCUUCUUCAAUGAUGCGGUUGAUAUUGCAACACCGACUAACAAUGACUUACCCAGCGAUCAACCACGAACAUUACAUCUAGAUUCGCUCGAUUUGGUCCGACCAGAAGAUAGCGACACAUCGGAGAACAUGGCACACUAUCCUUCCGUACAUAUGCCCGUACCAGGCGCUUGGGAUCCAUUGGUGACAGGCAUGCCCUCGUUCUACAGCCAUCAUGGCCAGGCACAGUACGAUACGAAGCAAGAAGACGUUGAAGAUAGGCCGACAAUAUUGAACAUACCUUCGGCUUCAACAUUUCAAUCGGGUGCGCGGGCCGACUCCAAUAACUCGAUGCAGUCCCAAACGUCAAAAUCGAGUCGGGCAGCGGACCCUUAUGAUGCCAGUCCACCCAGGAAGAAGGGAAGGAAAGGCAAAGCUCCAGAGCAGAACGACCAGGAUCCGAAAAGAGACAAGUUCCUCGAACGAAACCGAGUCGCCGCGAGCAAAUGUCGCCAAAAGAAGAAGGAAUGGGUCUCAGAUCUCCAGGAAACCAAGCAAGGACUGGAGAACCAGCAUGCACAGCUGCAGAUGGAAUACAACGGACUGGUUGACGAAGUCACGAGAAUGAAGAACGAGCUCAUGUCGCACGCAAACUGCAACGACCCGAACAUCAACCUGUGGCUCGACAACGAGGCCCGGCGAUUUGUUCAGGUGAGCGCAGAGCGUGUGAAGAAGCAAAGUCUCGAUGCCAGCCGCAUGGCUGCCAACAGGCCACUUGGCACUGGGGGAGGCUGUAGACCGUCUAUUGACAAGCGUGCUAUGACAAGCCUGUCUUCGAGAUCUGGCAGUGAUGCCGAUAUCAACUACGACCACAUGCCCGACAGUGCUUUUGAACACGCGUAGCGCGCUGUGAGGGGUGACGAUCCGGCAUGAAUAGCAAGGCGUUGGGAC